AGGUCUAUCGUUUGCGCGUCUCUGCGUAUUUCCAACGGAGCAAAGGCUAAGACCUAGCUCUAAACAUCAAAUUGAGUUGGGGUUCGUGACUUAGAGCUCCUUUGACGACACAGGAUUUCGCGGACUCGAGAAGGUUCCGAAAUUCCUGUUUCCUGAAUUUUCUAAAUAAUCAGCACAUCUUAACCCAAGGAACAACAUGACUAUUUCUGGCCAAGAUUGGUUGACCGUCAUCCCCACUGCUGGAGCCAUAGGCCUAGUGGUCUACUUGGCUGUGUCCAAGUUCCAAAGCUGCUCUAGUAGCAAGGACACCAUCGUCAACAGAAGCAUCAAAAAAGACGUGGAGAAGGUGGUGGACUCCUUUGAUAUAGAGGACCUUGGAGAUAGCACAGCAUUCUGCCGAUGUUGGCGGUCUAAGAAGUUUCCCUACUGUGACGGGUCACACAACAGCCACAACAAGGAGACUGGGGACAAUGUUGGACCUCUCUGCCUCUCCAAGAAAUCUGGCAGUUCUUAAUUAAGAGAAUUGGCCAGAUUUAUGCAAGGAGCAAAGGCGGAAUCAACAAAAGACGAGCAAUAAAUUGGAAAUUGCUAUGGGAGUGUUUCAUUGGUAAUUCGAAUUUGUUUGUAGAAGUUGGGGGUUGUAGGUUUCUUUGAAGUCAAAAUGCCAUUGACAUUGUCAAAAUGCCACUGACAUUGUCAAAGUGCUGUUGACAUUGUCAAAAUGCUGUUGACAUUGUCAAAAUGCUGUUGACAUUGUCAAAAUGCCACUGACAUGGUCAAAGUGCUGUUGACAUUGCCAAAAUGCUGUUGACAUUGUCAAAAUGCUGUUGACAUUGUCAAAAUGCCGUUGACAUUGUCAAACGGCAUUUUGUCUCUUCAUUUUGUGGAUUGCACUUGCUUUGUAUACAUCAGUCUGCACGUUGGUUGUGGAGCUAAACUUGGAUUGGUUUACAGAAAUAUCGUGUGUGUUGGUGUUCCCUUUGCCAAUAAUAUGACAUGCAGUCAGAGAUUAACUUUCAGUAUUGGUUGAAACUUUUCUACAAGAGGCCUUUGUACUGAUCACACCACAGUUUGCUUACAUGUGCCUUUCUUAUAGAGGCCAGGAGAUGAGGACAGAUUCAAAAGAAUCGACACUCCGUAGGAAAGCGUACUUGUGAACAAAACAUGGCGUCACCAGUACACAGGCCAUCUGAUGAAAAGGUGCUACAGUGAGCCAGUUGGGUAUUCCAACUGCACAUGCCCAAAGCUAAAGCGUGUAUAUAGGAAGAGCAGCAUGCGUGCGUGAUCGUCUGUCCUAUCAGCACAACUAUAAGCUGACUCAAGCACAUGCUUUGUUUCCGAAAGACCUUGCCUUUAUGAAAUGCCGGCUCACUGCACUCUGACUUGGUAGCAUACCCCUCAAAACCUUUUGCCAGUACCGCAAGCAACCUCAUGAAUCUCUGGUUAAGAAAAUUGUUAUGAUCUAGGGUCUGAUGCUGACUAAGAAAGCAUGAUAUAUGCAAAAACCUACAUUUCUAAAUGUAUUUGCAUAAACAAGUAUAUAUAAGUUCAGUGAAGUCAUUUUUUUCCCUGGCAAAUCCACCUUACUCAAAUUUGAAGUGAAAUUUAUUUAGAUUUUGUUGAAAAGUAU